CCAGGGCAUCCACCCUCUGUCUCUGCUUGCUGUCCUCACUCAGCAAUAGCCACCCCAAUACUGCUCAUUUCCCUGUCCCCAUGUCGAGGCAGCUCAACAUGGACACCCUGCGGCAAAACUUCUGGAAGGAGGAGUACCUCAGAGAGAUGAAGUUGCGCUGUGAAUGGCACCGCAAGUAUGGGACUCUGGUGAAGGCCAAGCAGAAGGCCAAGGCUGCGGCCCGGCUUCCCCUCAAACUGCCCACCCUGAUGCCUAAGGCCCCAGGCUCACCACCACCUGUCUCCAAAACAGCCCCUUCUAAGGCCCCCAGCCCUGCCCCAGAGGUUCAUUUUCAGUCAGAAAUGUACCCAGUGUCACCUGACACCAAAGCCCUGCUGUAUGAAGGCAUCUCCCAUGACUUUCAGGGGCGCUACCAGUAUCUCAACACCCGAAAACUGCACCUGCCAGAGACGCGCUACCUGUUCCCCAUCACCACCAACUUCACAUAUGGCUGGCAGCUGGGCCCCGCCACAAAGCAAGAAAUGGUCUCUUGCAAGAUGUGCCGCAUUGAGUCAUUCUUCCGGAAGAAUGGGGCCUUUGCACUGCUGGACCCCCGAGACCUGGCCCUCUGACCUUGGGCCAGGCAGUGACUUAGGUGCAGAAAGAGGAAAUAAUAGAGUUCCUGGUGCA